AAUGGAAAUAAAAUGUACUUUAGUAUAAACCAAGCCUCAAACCCUCCUCAGUUCACAGAUCCAACCUGAGACACCGUCUGCAAGGCUCCUCACUUUAAACUGCUGGACAUUCCACACACAACUUACUCUAAGAUUAGCAAUGGCAAACAACAUGAACUCAGAGUCCCUGAACUAUCCCCAAUUGGAUUUAGAAGAAGAUUUCAACGUGCAUCCUUCCUGCUGCGCACAGGUUCAGAGACUGGAGCAGAAGGUGAUGGACCUGCAGGAAGAGGUCUCCAGAAAACCAUCAGAGGAAACUAAGAUCAAAGAGCUCCAACAUCUUGUUGAACUCAAAGACAACGAGCUGCAGGCAGAAAGACUGAGGGCUGACACCCUCCAGAAAGAACAGGGGGUGGUACAAGAGAAAGCCAGCAGAGACCUAAAGCAGGUUCAGAGACUGGAAGAAGAGAAGCGUUCCCUGGAUAAGAAGGUGAAGGACCUGCAGGAAGAGGUCUCGAGAAGAGCAUCAAAGGAAACUAACAAUACCGACAAGAUUAAAGAGCUCCAAAUUCUUGUUGAGCUUAAAGAAAACAAGCUGCAGGCUGAAAGGCUGAGGGCUGACACCCUGCAGAAAGAACAGGGGGUGGCACAAGAGAAAGCCAGCAGAGACCUGAAGCAGGUCCAGAGACUGGAAGAGGAGAAGCGUUCCCUGGUGCAGAAGGUGGGUGCCUUGCAAAAAGAAAAAGCGGACAAGAUUCAAGAAAACGGGGAUCUUGUUGCAGCUCAUGCAAAGACUCUGCAAAAGAAGAUGGCGUUUACUCGCGGCCUCCAGGAAGACUUGGACAAGGCCAAACAGGAGCUGGUAGACAUGAGGAGGGAGACCGGCAUCGAUGUGCAGAUUGAGGACCUAAAGAAUCAGCUGCAGGCAGAAAGACUAAGGUCUGACACCCUCCAGAAAGAACAGGAGGUACAAGAGAAAGCCAGCAGAGACCCAAGGCAGGUUCAGAGACUGGAGGAGGAGAAACGUUACCUGGAGAAGAAGGUUAAGGACCUGCAGGAAGAGGUCUCCAGAAAACCGUCAGAGGAAACUAACAAUGGCGAGAAGAUUAAAGAGCUCCAAGUUCUUGUUGAACUCAAAGACAACAAGCUGCAGGCUGAAAGGCUGAGGGCUGACAUCCUGCAGAAAGAACAGGGGGUGGCACAAGAGAAAGCCAGCAGAGACCUGAAGCAGGUCCAGAGACUGGAAGAGGAGAAGCGUUCCCUGGUGCAGAAGUUGGGUGCCAUGCGAAAAGAAAAAGAGGACAAGAUUCAAGAAAACGGGGAUCUUGUUGCAGCUCAUGCAAAGACUCUGCAAAAGAAGAUGGCGUUUACUCGCAGCCUCCAGGAAGACCUGGACAAGGCCAAACAGGAGCUGGUAGACAUGAGGAGGGAGAACGGCACCGAUGUGCAGAUUGAGGACCUAAAGAAUCAGCUGCAGGCAGAAAGACUAAGGUCUGACACCCUCCAGAAAGAACAGGAGGUACAAGAGAAAGCCAGCAGAGACCCAAGGCAGGUUCAGAGACUGGAGGAGGAGAAACGUUACCUGGAGAAGAAGGUGAAGGACCUGCAGGAAGAGGUCUCCAGAAAACCAUCAGAGGAAACUAACAAUGCCGACAAGAUUAAAGAGCUCCAAGUUCUUGUUGAACUCAAAGACAACAAGCUGCAGGCUGAAAGGCUGAGGGCUGACAUCCUGCAGAAAGAACAGGGGGUGGCACAAGAGAAAGCCAGCAGAGACCUGAAGCAGGUCCAGAGACUGGAAGAGGAGAAGCGUCACCUGGUGCAGAAGUUGGGUGCCAUGCGAAAAGAAAAAGAGGACAAGAUUCAAGAAAACGGGGAUCUUGUUGCAGCUCAUGCAAAGACUCUGCAAAAGAAGAUGGCGUUUACUCGCGGCCUCCAGGAAGACUUGGACAAGGCCAAACAGGAGCUGGUAGACAUGAGGAGGGAGAACGGCACCGAUGUGCAGAUUGAGGACCUAAAGAAUCAGCUGCAGGCAGAAAGACUAAGGUCUGACACCCUCCAGAAAGAACAGGAGGUACAAGAGAAAGCCAGCAGAGACCCAAGGCAGGUUCAGAGACUGGAGGAAGAGAAACGUUACCUGGAGAAGAAGGUGAAGGACCUGCAGGAAGAGGUCUCCAGAAAACCAUCAGAGGAAACUAACAAUACUGACAAGAUUAAAGAGCUCCAAGUUCUUGUUGAACUCAAAGAAAACAAGCUGCAGGCUGAAAGGCUGAGGGCUGACAUCCUGCAGAAAGAACAGGGGGUGGCACAAGAGAAAGCCAGCAGAGACCUGAAGCAGGUCCAGAGACUGGAAGAGGAGAAGCGUUCCCUGGUGCAGAAGUUGGGUGCCUUGCGAAAAGAAAAAGCGGACAAGAUCCAAGAAAACGGGGACCUUGUUGCAGCUCAUGCAAAGACUCUGCAAAAGAAGAUGGCGUUUACUCGCGGCCUCCAGGAAGACUUGGACAAGGCCAAACAGGAGCUUGAAGAAAGGGACGAUAGAUUGAAGAGAAAGGAGCAGGAGCUGGUUGACUUGAGGAGGGAGACCAACACCGAUGUGAAGAUUGAGGACCUUAAGAACCAGCUGCAGGCGGAAAGACUGAGGGCUGACACCCUCCAGAAAGAACAGGUGGACUUUAGGCGGGAGGUACAACAGAAAGCCAGCCAAGACCUGAAGCAGGUUCAGAGUCUGGAGGAGGAGAAACAUUCCCUGGAGCAGACCCUGCAGGAAGAGGUCUCGAGAAGAGCAGCAGAGGAAACAAACAAAUCCAACAGGAUUCAAGAGCUCCAUAAUCUUGUUGGGUCCUUAAAGAACCAGCUGCUGGCUGAAACGCUGAGGGCUGACACCCUCCAGAAAGAACAGGUGGACUUUAGGCGGGAGGUACAACAGAAAGCCAGCCAAGACCUGAAGCAGGUUCAGAGUCUGGAGGAGGAGAAACAUUCCCUGGAGCAGGAGUUGAAGGCCCUGCAGGAAGAGGUCUCGAGAAGAGCUUCAGAGGAAACAAACAAAUCCAACAGGAUUCAAGAGCUCCAAGAUCUGGUUGGACAUAAAGACAACCAGCUGCAGACUGAAAGGGUCCAAGUUCAGGAGAGACUCACUGAUAUGGAGAACGUGUCGUUGUGGAGGAGGUUUAAAAAGGCCAUGACUCCUGACAGUCGCCGCCAAUACAAACAUCUGAGAAUGCAGUGGCAGGACCAGGAGGAAAACCCCAGCCCAUCCGUUCCCUCAAGCCCCCCUAACGUACCCAAACUGUAACGGGCCAUCAGGCAGACACAGAGGAACAUGUGAAGUCCUGACAGACAGAAGCGGUUUACUCCGGGCACUCCGGUUUCUUCCCAUCAUAAUCAACUUUGAAAAAAAACCCCUUUAGAAUAGUUUGUUAAAAAUGUCAAUAAAAAAAAUAAAAGAACUGAAUUAAA